GGUUGCUGCGCGUGCGCGGGUGGCCGUGCUUCAGUGGUUGCUAGACUUCCUGUGGCUUGAACAAGUCUUUCGCUGAACCUCUGACAGCUUCUGCAGUACAGCAAACUGUGGUGUCAGAGUUAUUUUAAAUGUCAAACUAUACUGAUUCGUAUCAGUUACCAUACAUUUUUAAUAUGAAUGAAGAUUGUACCUAACUUCCCUUCUGGGGAUGAAUUUGAAAGCCAAAUACCUGCAAGCAAAGCUGAGAUCUGGCUUGCUGUUAAAUGUAGAGAAGCUUGCUGGCUGUGUUCUUUAGCUGUAUUUUGGAUGGGAUUUUCUUUUUCUUCAUUGCCAUCUAUAGAAAUUGAUGAAUUUUUUUAGACACUUUGUGACAACGUGUGGAUUUUCUACUCACUAAUGUCAAUGUGCAGAGGAGUGACUUGUAACUUCUGAGUGAAUUAGGUACUUCUUCCAAUGCACUUCAGAGAGAGAGGUUUCAGCUAGUCCACAUAGUCUUGGAGCCAUGGAGGGUGCACAGGUAUGGACACAAGACCUGCUCAGAUGUGAAGCAGUGCAGUGAGGGAUGAAACGGGACAGGCUGCCUGAAGAAUAGUGCUAGGGCUCCAUCUGACACCAGAUGUCUUUCUGCCUGACUGAGAUGUUCCUGUGGUCUUUGAGGACUAACUUAUGUAUUAGAGAUGAUGAUAUUGGGAUCCACCAGUACUAUGACAAGAAAGAACCAGCAUCACAGAUGAAGCACAGUUACUUAGAAGAGAAGCAAAAGCCAGCAGAAUCUCGAGAUUAUCCUUGGAUACUGAAAAACAAGCGACCAGACAAACUGCGAGAUACACUCAAGGAGGUCGAGGACUUAAUGCAAAACAGUCAAUGUACGCUGAGCAAAUGGAAGAACAGAGAUACCUGUCAGCUCCUCUUUCACUCAGGUAUAUUGGUGUCCCUAAGCCUUUCUGGGCCACAGCUGGAGAAGGUGGUGAUUGACAGGACCCUGGUGGGGAAGCUCAUCUCCGACACCAUCAGUGAUGCUGUUCUUACAGACAAUUUCAUCAUCUUGUCAUUUGAGGACCAUAACCAGCUCUGCUUUAUUCAGUUUACAAAGAAGAUGGAUUCUCCUGAUGUAAACAAAAGACUGGAAAAACUCUCUUGUUUGGACUUUAAGAUUUCUUAUGUUGAUAUACUUGGACCAGAAGGCAGAAGGAUGAAACGUCACCUGGCAAUAAACUGUAUGCAAGAUAUGGUCAUUUGCUGGUGGUCAGCAACUAGUGAUGGAGCAUGGCCUUGGUCUCCUAUUUCCUGUGAGAGGGACAGAGCCAACCUAUUGCUAUUAGGCUGUGCACAUGGCAAACUGGAGGUUCUGAGUUACGUCCGUACAGAAUGGGAUCCACUCGAUGCUAGCUUCAGCACUAAUCAGCCUUAUCAGGUUUACACAGUAGAGCACUCCAUCUCUGCAGACAAAGAGCCCAUGGCCGACAGCUGCAUCUACAAGUGUGUUAGAAACAAAAUUCAGUGUGCGGCAGUCACCAGAAUACCACUACGAUCCAGGGCCAUCAGCUGUUGCAGAGACACUACAGAGGACAAACUAGUCCUGGGUUGUGAAGAUUCAUCAAUAAUUCUGUAUGAAGCCUACAACCAAGUGACUCUGUUAGCCCAAGCAGAACUGCUGCCUGCUUUAAUAACCUACCACCCUUCCGGAGCUAUAUUCAUGGUUGGCAGCUCUCAAGGGGAGCUGCAACUUUUUGACACGGCACUGUCCCCAAUUAAAAUUCAGCUCUUGGCACAAGACUAUUCACCUGAGGCAACUCUGCAAUUCAGUAAACACUUUGACGUGCCUAGCAGCCUCAUCCAAAUCCAGUGGGCUGCUCCUCAAGUUGCAUCUGCUAGCGCUGAUGGCACAGAUAUUCAUGAUCUUUUGUUGGUUAGAUUUGACAAAGGACCCUUAGGAGUGCUUCACUUUAAACAUGGUGUGAUCACAAGAGGACAGCUGGGUCUUGUGGAAAUCAUCCACCAGUACAUUCGUUAUGAUGAGAUACACGAGGCAAUUAAUGUCCUGAACACCAUGAACUGGAACAUGAUGGGUCGUCAGUGUUACAUAUGCUUGAGUGCCAUUGUCAAUCACCUUCUUAAACAAAAGCUUACACCAGACAGAGAAGCACAGCUUGAGGCAAGCCUCGGAACCUUUUAUGCUCCAACAAGACCCCUCUUGGAUACGACCGUGCUGGAAUACAGGGACCCAAUCAGCAGAUACGCAAGAAGAUUCUUCCACCACCUGCUCAGGUAUCAGAGAUUUGAAAAAGCAUUUCUGCUAGCUGUUGACAUAGGUGCUCGGGACCUGUUUAUGGACAUCCAUUACCUUGCACUAGAUAAGGGGGAAUUGGCACUAGCUGAAGUGGCAAAGAAAAAGGCUAAUGACAUUGAUGCAGAAUCAAUAACUUCUAGAAUUGAACUUUUGGGGCAGUCAGACGAAGAAGACUCAUCAUGUGAAGCUUUCAUUGACCGACCUUCUGAGUAUGGAGAAGUGCAUGACCCAGCUGCUCCUGGUCAAGCCGUCAGAUCGCCAGCGCAGAGCUGCUCCCGCAGACCCACCAGCCGCAGACAGGCAGAAGACACCGAGCAUAAGCCCGGAGCAGAUGGCCGCACCACCUCCCUGAUGGAGAAACUCUUUUCCAGCAGCCAGGAAGCUUCCUGAAACUCCCCAAGCCUGUCCCUGCAAGCUGUCUGCCUGCAGGGCUCUCGCUGAAAUUGGUAGAAAUGCUCCUAUACCACACUGCUAGAGUGGGGCUUCGUCUGCGGCUUUGAAUUGAGCGCAGCACAUAAAAGUCAAAAAUUAUUAUUAUCCAAUGCCUGUUGGAUGGGACCUAAGAAAGAACUUAUUGUCCUCCAUCCAUGUUCAUCUUACACAGACUAGCCAGCGUAUUGGUGCUUUCAAGAGUGAGACCACAGUAAAGAGGAGUGAAAUACUACCCUAUGGUUUCAUGAUCGCUUUAAGCUGAUUUAACUGCAAGGUGCUGCCAAAAAAGGUGGACCGGCCCUUCCCCUGCCACCAGCCUCCAGUCCUCUGUCCUCCUCCCUCUCCCAUGCUGGCUCGGGUGCUCGCACACUUCCAGCCUGUGAGAAGCUCACUGGGGCAGGAGAGGAGAAGACCUCCCCAUGGCCAGGGAGACCCUACCCUCGUCCCCCAAAUCCUUCAGCUACCCUGCCAUGUCCAAUGGGGACAGUCCCUCCCAGACUGCUUUGGUGCCCCAGGUGGUUGGGUGUCGGGGCGGGGGGUGCGCAUAUAGAGCAUAUACAUAGGGCGAUCCUGUCUCCAGAGCUGAUGAGUCAGCAG